AAAAUGCCAUUAAGUUACGGAUUAAAUGCUUCUGUCAGAUUGUGUGGAUUAUUAUUGCGUACUCGACCUUCUUGUUCUAUGUAUUUUAGAAAUGAUAUUUUCUGCACGACAAGAAGGCCAUUAAAUUAUUUAAGUUCUCGUUUUUGCAGUUCUUCAUCACCUAAUGACAAUAAUGAUGAUCAAACAAACAAAGAUUUAGACGAAGAACAGCCUUCACCUGAUUUGGAAGGCAAUGAACUCACAUUAUUUACUGAUUCUUCUCCGAUGCAGUUUAAAGUUCCUGAAAAUUUGCCAGACGUGCCAAUUAUUGCAAUUAAUCGUUAUCCCUUCUUUCCUGGAUUUAUUAAAAAAGUGGAUUUGAAACAAAAUGAGGCUCUGAUGAAUUUGAUUAAAUCCAAAGCUAGACAGAAGUUACCUUAUGUUGGUUUAUUUGUUAAGAAAAAUCCAGAUGACAAGUCUGAAGCCGUUCCUUCAAUAAGCCAUUUAUAUACUGUUGGCACGUUUGCUCAUAUUUUUGAAAUGCGUGACCACGAAGGUAGAAUGCUGGAAAUGAUAUUAAAUUCGCAUAGAAGAAUUCGAAUACUUCAGCCACUUGAACCUCAGAUUGAUUUUCCAAAGGGAAAUGGAAGACGAAAAUUAAGUGGAAAUAGAAAAGCUAAUUUAAAAACAAAAAAAGAAGAAAUACAACCAGAAGAGCAACAAGAAGGACAACAAAUAGAUCAACCGCCAGAAGAAAAGUUAAUAAUUUAUGCACGUACAGAAAAUAUUGUGGAUAAUGUUCCUUCACAAAUAUCUAUUGAAAUUAAGGUAAAAAUGCAGGCAAUUGUUUCCAUUAUUCGAGAAAUUAUUCGUGACAAUAAUAUGAUGGCACAGCAUGUUGCUUUACUUUUACAGCCAGAGCAUAGCAUUGUGGACAAUCCUGUUUAUUUGUGUGACUUUGUUGGGACAAUUGCUCAAAAUGCUGAAACAGAAGAAUUACAGGCAGUUAUGGAAGAAAUUAAUAUAAUGAGGAGACUUGAUUUGGCAUUAGAAUUAUUAGAAAAGGAAAGGGCAAGAGUAAAAAUGUUAAAAAAUAUAAGAGAAUCUGUGGAGAAAAAAGUUCAGGAACAAAAUCAUAAAUAUUUACUUAAUGAACAGUUAAAAGCUAUAAAAAGAGAAUUGGGAAUUGAAAAAGAAGAUAAACAAGCAGUUCUUGAAAGAUUAGAUGAACGUUUGGCUAAUUUAAAUGUUCCUGAAUAUGCAAUGAAAGUAAUAAAAGAAGAACAAACAAAACUUUCUUUUUUGGAUCCACAUAGCAGUGAAUUUAGUAUUUCAAGAAAUUAUCUGGACUGGUUAACAUCAAUUCCUUGGGGUAAAACUUCUGAAGAAGUAACUGAUGUUAAUCGAGCUCAAAAAAUUUUGGAAGAAGAUCAUUAUGGAAUGAAAGAUAUCAAAGAAAGAAUAUUAGAAUUUAUAGCUGUUGGAAUUUUAAAAAAACAAACAAAUGGAAAGAUUUUGUGUUUUUACGGCCCUCCAGGUGUUGGAAAAACAAGUAUUGCUAAAUCAAUUGCUAGAGCAUUAAAUAGAGAAUAUUACCGAUUUUCUGUUGGUGGAAUGACUGAUGUUGCAGAAAUUAAAGGCCAUAGACGUACUUAUAUUGGGGCAAUGCCUGGAAAAAUAAUUCAAUGUUUUAAAAAAGUACAGGCAGAAAAUCCACUUAUUUUAAUUGACGAAAUUGAUAAAAUUGGGGGAGCAGGUUAUCAUGGAGAUCCAGCUUCAGCUUUACUUGAAGUUUUAGACCCUGAACAAAAUUCUAAUUUUCUCGAUCAUUUUAUUGAUGUUCCUGUUGACCUUUCCAAAGUUUUAUUUAUUUGUACGGCAAAUGAAACAGAUAGAAUACCUGGCCCAGUUAAAGACAGAAUGGAAAUGAUUGAAGUUUCUGGUUAUGUUGCAGAAGAAAAAAUUGAAAUUGCAAAGAAUUUUCUUGUGCCAAAAUGUCGGGAAAAAUGUGCUCUGACUGAAGAAAAUUUAGUUAUAACUAAUGAAGCUAUAAAUACAUUAAUUCGUUCAUACUGCCGCGAGUCUGGAGUUCGAAAUUUGGAAAAACAUUUGGAAAAGAUUUUUCGAAAAGCAGCAUUCCGAAUUGUUAGCAAGGAGGAAAAUAAAAAUGAGAAAAUUAUUGUUGACAAUUCUAAUCUUAAAGAAUUUGUUGGACGAGAGAAAUUCACGAGUGAACGACUUUAUGAUGUUACACCACCAGGAGUUAUUAUGGGGUUGGCCUGGACAGCUAUGGGUGGUUCUGCACUUUAUAUUGAAGCUUCUUUGGCGAGAAAACUCCGUCUGUUGGAUGCUCAUCAAAUUGUCAACACCAACGUGACAACAAAUUCCCCAUCACCAUCACCACCUCAAGGUAGUUUGGAAGCAACUGGACAUCUCGGUGACGUUAUGAAGGAAUCAAUGCGAACAGCAUACACAGUAGCGAAGAAUGUCUUGGGAAGGAGAGAUCCAAACAACGAGUUCUUAGAACAGGCUCAUAUUCACGUCCACGUUCCUGAGGGUGCGGUACCAAAAGACGGUCCUUCUGCUGGUUGUACAAUUACUAGUGCACUUCUCUCUUUGGCAACCGGGAAGCCCGCAGUUCAAGGCAUUUCAAUGACAGGAGAGAUUUCACUGACUGGAAAAGUACUACCCGUUGGUGGAAUCAAAGAGAAGAUAAUUGCUGCAAAAAGGGCGGGUGUUAAUUGUGUUGUGCUCCCAGAGGAAAACAAAAAGGAUUAUGAGGAUUUGGCAGAUUUUAUCAAGAAAGACGUUGACAUCCAUUUUGUUGAUCACUAUGACCAAGUUUUUGAUUUGAUAUUCCCUAAUUUUGUGCCGACUACGAAUUCAAGUUAA